AGCGCUCGAUCGUGUCCGGGCUGGAUUGGUGCGAGCGCGUCACCUUCGCAGGCUCGCGCGGUGCAGUCAGUCGAUUUUCGUCGGCCGAGCUGGGAACAGUGGCAGCCACCCUCCUUCGUGUAACAGGCCAGCGCGUGCGUGAGUGUGGCAUUCCAGUAUUCCAGUGACCGGCGAGUCGAGUGAACAGUGAUUGAUAGUUGUGUUGUGCAGAUAGCCUAACAUUCAGGCGCAGUCGAGCAGUGCUCCCACUGACCGACGUAUGAACUAGCAGACUUGACCGAUGGUGUCGUUUGCCAAGCAACAAGUAUCGCUGCAGUUCCAGUUUCGCUUCUAACCAACCUUCCAAGCGUGUGUGUAUGUGAUUAUGAUGGCUGCCACAAGAAUCCCAGCGGCAUACGACGUGUGCUAGUAUUGGCUGUGUGCUAAUAGCGAGAUCCGUGUGUGCGUGUGUGCGGUUUCAUCGCAUCGCAGGAUCAUGAUCUGAGACCAGGCUUGCCCCGGGGUCUACUAGUUGUGCAUUCUACCUGUGCACGUUCCUUGUGCAUACUUCCGUGUGCGUGCGUACGUGCGCGCGUGUGUGUGAGAGUGUCCGUGGGGGCCUGCCUCCCACCCGCUUCGGAGAGGCCCGUGCGUCAGUGUGCGGUGGGCGUUUUGUAGCAGCCAAAAUUUCCCAAAACAGCUAGUUGAAUGAGUAACAGUGCGAUGGUGGCCGUGGCGAUCUGCUGUAUACUGGUGCUGCUAGCCGUGUUCAUCGUGCUGAUCAUAGUGGUCGGUUCGACGAUGGGCGAACCGAAGUGAGAUAAGCUCCAACUGGGGCCAGGACACUUCGCCGAUGGAUAGCCAAGGCCCCCCGGCUGUUAGAAUUUGGACGGAUUUUGUUCCACCGGUGCUGCCGCUACCGCCGCCGACGCCAAUGGCUGCGGUGGCGCGGAUAGCGGCCGCGACGAGCGUGCUCACCAUCACCACCAACACCACCACCGUCAGCACCAACCCCACCAGUCUCGUGUCCUGCGCGCGCGGCGCGUCGCUCGUGGCCAGUAGCCGUAGUGAGCGUGUAUAAUGGAGCGUGUGUCCAGCUACCACUACCAACCGACCGUUACCACCACCACCACCAUCACCACUACCCGUACCAUCAGCUGCUGCGUUGCGCCAUCGCGACGGUAGAACCAAUGGCGUAACGGGCGAAAUGUGGUAGAAGCGCGAGUGUGAGUCCACCACCACCACCACCACCAUCACCAUUACCAUCGAAACGGACCUCAAAACCACCCGAAUGAGCGAGCGAACGUACGAACCAACCAGGCACCGGGCGAGGCAGAACGACCAUUAGCGAGAGAGAAAAGCAAACCGAUUGCAAACAAAAAACCUUCCUCCAAAAACCCUCCCAAAAAAGGCAGUGUUAGGGGAAGCUACCGGAUUAACACUGAUGUCCCGGGCGGGCGUCAGCGAAGAGCGUUUUGUUUUAUGCGGCACAGCCUAGCCCCGAAUCAGCUUCGAAUAGUAACUCACCUUCUCGGCCAACUCGGUCUCCACUACUACUUGGGCGCUCGGUUUUCCCAAACACGUCAAAUUUUCACACUUAAAAUGUCCUCUUCUUGAAUUUACGCGAAAAACGCUUUCCAUUCUGUCUGUCUACACAAAACGAUUCGUACCCUUUAGUAGUCAAUCAAUCAAUCCCCAUCGUACGCUUGUUGCACCUGAUUCGCACCGCCUCUCGAUAACAGGAAGAAGAAGUAGACGAAGAAGAAGAAGAAGAAGAGGACGAAAACAACAACUACUACGGGCACACACUUGUUCAUACUGCGUCAAAAACACACGUCAAAGCACAGCACACGACACUCACGAGCAAUGGAAUAAAAUCUUACACACCAAUUCUACACAGCCGUCUUAGCGGGGGCACAAAAACAAAAAAAAAAAAAAAACAAACGAAACAAACAAACAAAAAAAGAAACCAAACAAAACAAAGCAAAGGCUAGUUUUAGAAGCAAAGCGAGCAAGCUGCAUAAAUAUCUUUUAAAGUGAAAGAAAAAGGGCGCGGCAAAACAAAGGAAAAACCGUGAGAAUAGAAGUAAAACGUACACACUCAAACAAAACACACACCGAUACACACACACACACACACACACACACACACACACACACACACACACACACAUACAAGGUCACACAAAACACAUCUAUCUAGUACAGAAAAAACAACACUCUUAAUGCUACUUAAACUUAAACUUCUAAACUACUAAAAGAGACUUAGCGAUACUUAGUUGCAUGAUUCGGGCACGCUGUAAGAGUGCGAUAGAGCGAAUGUGUAUGUGUGUAUGUGUGUGAAAGAGGGAAGGCUAAUCACAAACAAGAACGAGAAAAUAGAACAAAAGAAUUGAACAGAAGAACAAAAAAAAAAGUAUUCAAAAGCUGAAUAAAUGGUUGAGUGUAUAAAUCGAAAAAUCAGCAACACACAUAUACUUAGAGUUUUAAGUAGAGCCAUCCGGUAGCUUCCAAACAAGUAAUAUAAAGAGGGAGAGAGAGAGAGAGAGAGAGAGAGAGAGAGAGAGAGAGAGAGAGAGAGAGAAAAUAAAGAACGAGGCACGAGCCAGUAAAGAUGUAUGGAAUUCGAAAACAAAGGAAGGAAAAUUAUACCAAAAACAACAAAAAAAUCGAACGAUCACGAACGAAACAUAACAAUUUGCCGUGAACGAACAGGGCAAGGGGGUUGGUUGCGAGCUCGCUCACCGCACUGCAGUUUGUCUCUUGGCGGUGAUUUUAGUUCAGCAACAAACAAGGACGCUCCCCGGCAGGAACGUUGAAGCGCGUGCAAGCAGUGACGCACUCUAGUGAACACAUAUCGUUUAUAGCAGCAUCUCGUACUAAGGUCGGCAGAGUAUAACGCAGUGUUAAGAGCAAAACCCCGCAAAAAAAACCUGUCCCAUAUAAACUUACUUAAGUGUGAACGUGAAGAAAAAGCCGACCAAACAACACCUUCCGGCAACACAGGGCACCUCCAACUGUACCGCGGAGCUCUCGGGAAGGGGAUCGGUUCACGUUCAGCUCUCAACUGCUCUAUCCCGAUAUUCCGUUCGUGCAUUGACAGUUGACGGUCGGAAUAUACACAUAAAACAAAAAAGAAACGGUUUUGCUUCUAGCCCUCCCCCUUCCCCCCCCCCCCCCCCCUUUUGUGUUUGACCGUUGUGUAGGGUUGCUGCAGGUUCCGUUCCGUUGUGUCCGGCAUGUAGGCUAGGGUGUUUGUUAAAGUUUGUGGUUUUGAUAUAAAAGAAAAUGAGUAAUCCUACGGGCCAAUCGUAGGACGCCCUUGUAUCACCCACCCAAUGGCAAAGAAAUAAAGGACACACAUACACACACACGCGUGCACACAUACACACUCACACACACCUUGACAGCAGGUUUACUUUUUCCCCUUUCAACACUAACUCUUACCAGCAUGUCAAAAUGGGAGAGCAGGGCGAGAGUGUGUGUGCCAAAACAGAAAGAAAAGUGUGCGAACGUGUGCGUUUGUGUGUAUGUGUGUGUGUGUGUGUAUGCGUAUGUGCAGUGAGGGGUUGAUAAAUCACUAUAGUCGUGGGUAGUGAUAGUGUUAGCUGUAGUAGUAUUAUCCAUUACUUCCAUGUUGUUGUUGGCCAGUUUACCGUUGUUUAAUGUGCGCAACAGAAUGUAGUUAACAGAACAGCCUUGUUUACCAUCGUAACGCAUCGAAUGCUAACAUUUUGAGAAUGGUUGAGAAGGAGAGACAGAGAGAAAGAGAGAGCGAGGAAGAGAAAGUGAAACUGGAAGCUGGAGGAAGGUAGAGCAAGAGACUAAUAAGCAAAGCAAAUUGUGGACAUGAAACAUGAAGCCGUUUAAAUGCUUUCGAAGCAGCUUUCGGAAUGCGUCGGAAAUCUGUAACGCACAACUGUACGAAUGAAAUAACACAAUAUACAUGUACGGAACACAAAAGUAUAAACCAAACCCGAACCAGUAUAUGGACAAGCAUAUGGACAUGAAAAUAAACUGAAAACAACCUGAGACAAUAAUCUGUUUCGAGCAGGAAAUCAACCAAAAACACACACACACAAAUCCCAUCGAAAGUGAAAUAUACUGUUGUUAUCAAAAAAGAAAGCAAGCACAUUCGGAUUUCAAAAGGAUUUGGAAGUGACCGUUUUGUCACGUCACAGAACACAUUCACACUCACACGCACACACCCCAAACAGACACGAUCCUCCCCUCGACACGAUCAUCCAGCCGACUCGUUGUUGUGUCGUCGUGUGUGGUUUUUUGUUGGGUGAAUUAAAUAAAGCUGCUCAAAGCUCACCUUGUGGGAGCUCUCGCGUUGGCGUUGCCACGGCGCAUUAAUUAUCAAUCAAAGCAGUAGCAAAAGCAGGAAGCACCGAUCGGGUUGUCGUCUGGCCUUGGCUAAAAUUAACCUGUCCUUGUUGGUGGUGGGCUGGGGCAGCAAAGUUCCGCACGCUCACCCAUUUCAAGAGCUUCUUUUAUUCGGGUCAAGUGGCACGAAAGGAUGCGCUCUCAUUUUCAUUCCCUCCGAAUGGUUGGAGCACCACGAUUUAGAUUCAGUUGACCCGGUUCCCCCCGGGCCAGCCGAUUACAGCGCGCGGGCUGACAGCUUCUUGGAAGUGGGAAGCGAAAAGAAUUGAAAACUCCUGACCGCUGUGUAAUUAGAUCAACGUGAGGUUGUCAAUUACGGCGGCGGUUGGUUGCGGGCGUGCGCGAAGAUGGGACAGACGAGACGAGGUUUUGUUUUAUUGUGAGCUUGCUUCCAGGAAGAACAGAGCGUAACAAUGCACUGAACGAGCAGACCAGAAGACUUGCUUUCCAGGAAUCUUGAGCACAGGAAGAGCUAUAUAAACUAUGGCUGAUCUUUGGUGAGACUUUGGCCAACGGCAAUGUGUUGUUGCAUGUGUUGUGCUUGAAGGAUUAGAUGUGUUCUAUUCCUCAGCGUUGGUGCUUUACCAACUUGUUUAUAUUGGUCGAUAAAGAACACUCAUUAAAUGUGCCCUUCAGACUUGCUUUACUAGACACAGCAUCGCUAUUAUCGUUGUAUAAUUUGACCAUUAACCAACCUUCCUUUAAAAAACGUUCUGGAUUGAUCCAUCGUUGCUGUAUGCGUCUCGGCUUUUAAGCAAAACAUCCUUAAUUGAAACUCGAGAUGAACUAUUCCCCAUUCAUGCGAAUUUAACAACUGCCACACCCCAUUUCCAUGGGCGCCGUUGCUUUCAUUUCCGUUUUUUCAUCCACUCAGAGGACCGAGAAAACCGAGAAACUUUCUUCCCGCUGACUUGAAUGCAGCGGCAGUGUAACGGAAUGCCCGUGAAAGUUCGAUCAAAUUAAAAACCACCAUUGAUUGACGGGGAAAAGGGAAGACAUGCUAGAGAGCAUGGAAAGAAAACGUUACCCACAGGAGGCGAUGGGAAAAUGGCGUGCUAGCGCGAUGCUGAUAAAGUCGUGCUCGCGCUGCAACGAAUCCGGGUGCACGCUUGCUACGCCUUUGCACUGGCGAAUCUAGGUGAAGGAUGCUGGAUGCCGUAUUAAUGACGUCUUCGCUCAUCGUGUUCACCCGCACCGGCACCGUCGAUAGUGUGGCCCAGUUCGAUGUCCACUCGAUGUCUACUUCGCUGCCGCGCCCGCAUCGAGACAAUGGCGCGCUGCAAUGGAGAUGUAACGCCUUUCCCUCAGCACUUUCAAGUUCAACUUGGCCGGCCGCUGUACUUCCCCGUUCGCGAGGGGGGCUUUCGCUUAAGCGUGCUUAACAGAAUCCACUUCUCGUUGGGCGCUCGCUGUUAUUGUUGUCGCCUGGUUCUUCCCGGGUACGAUCACGCGCAUUUGCGCCUGUUUGGCAGGGGUGUUUUUGUGUUUGCGCUUUGUCCUUCGCCGGGCGCUUCUGCACGGCCGUCAUCCAGCGUCUAUUGUUUCGCGCUUCUCUUUUCACUGCCUUUGAAUGCGCAAAGAAGCGCUUAAAGUUUUGCACCAACCGAUAGCUGGCCCACAUAAAGCCCACGCAAAAGGAUGUUUAUUUCUUCUCGCCCUUCCGUUAUCUUAUUAGAUCGCUGGGCGAGGGGCGGGAAAGCGGGGACAGAAUUGAAGAGCCCGGAAUUGAAGUGAAUGUUCUGGGGGAACGGUUGGGAAGGAAGGCAGACGCUUCCGGUGCAUGGUCGUUGCGCUUUUGUUGCAACCACUUCAGCUGUCAAACGGGCAUCCCGAGGCCGAGCGCGUACGGGAAAGGAUGGUUGCGCGAUGCUUCGACGGUGUUGUGCUGGCUUCCAAUGGUGGUGCGCUGCACGGUUUUGAUGUGCUCAAGGUUAGCGCAGGCAAAAGAAGACAACGUCCCUGGGAGCCUACUGCACUUUUUACGGUCGAGUGAAGCGGCACAAUGUGUAAUUACGUGCAUCUGUACUGGAGUGCACGGAGCUGUAUUUAAUCAUAUGCAACGGUGGCUUGCAAAGUGUUGUUCGAGGGCUUGGGCGGAUGUGUGUGUGUGUGUGUGGGAGUGUUCAUUUUUAUCACCCGUUGUGGAAAGCACAUCCAAGCGAAACCAUUGCCAUAUGAACAAGGGGGAAAAAUUUGAGGCUAUUCAGAACGAAAGAACUCUUCAGCUGUCACAUCUUUGAAUGUAUCGAGAUAGAAGCAUGGCGUUCGCACACUUCCUUAAUGGAACUAGAACGAUGUUAACAAAAAACUGAGAAAUGAAUGCCGCCUAUUUCGGAUGCUUGUGCAUCACAUUGCUGCUAAUUAUAGUGAGAGGAUUUUUAAUGUCUACGAAUUGGCAACCAAGAUCAUAUUACGCUAAUUGCGUGAAAUGGUCCAUUAGAGAGGCAAUUACUUUGUGCGCUUUCGAUACACGUUUUCCACAUGGUUCGCCGAUAGGUAUUGAACUACAACACACAGCCAAUGUAUAGAGCAGACAAAAGCAAUGUAAUGAAUGUGUGUGUGCUUUGUUUUAUUCGACAAGUUUAUCUCAACCGUUACAUGCAACCGUGUGUUGUGUGCGGCUUUCCGGUUGUGCGAUAGCGUGAUCAGCUUCGAUGACACGAACAAAACACAGGAAACGGCAACAACCAUACCAUACCACACAGAACAUGAAAUACCAGUUGCAAAACGGAACAAAACAGAGAGUGAAGCCGAAGUGAAAUGCUCCAUUAUCGCAAACAAUUACCGAACAGAGGAUGCAAUAGAAUGUAAAGCAUGUUGCAUGCCGUAUAUUUACACUGAUUAAAAUCCACAAUAGCGAAGCAUAAAUCAGGCAAACGGAUGGGCAGAAAGGGGGAGGAAAUAGUUACAAAUGUGUAUUGGAACAGGUGAAUGUUUUUAAAUGGAUAAACAGUUGCAUGUAUCAUUGUCUCAAGGAUUUAGUACCGAUCGAACUCAAUGUUUUUAUCCCACUCUCCUACCCCCUUUUAACAGUGUGCAAAGCGCUUCUAUCACAUAGAUAGAGCCUGGGUGGGGGGAAGCGGACAAAACAUGGCACCCGAGCAAUCAAGGCAAAAAAACAGAAAAUAAAUUAUAUAAAAAAGAAACUUUUCCCUUCACCGCGAAUGCGUAGCCAAUACCAGCAAACCCCAGUCUGUGUAAGUAGUGUAAGUUAUAUUAUACCUGUUUGCUCAACCCAGCACACGUACACACAAACACCCAUACACACACACACACCGUUAAAAAAACACUCAUUCACACUAAGAGACUAAACCGCUGCGAGGGAAGGCGGGGUGCGUUUCGACGACGAUGGACGCUCGACAUGAGUGUGCGGACAAUGGAAACGCGCGUUACCCAGAGAUCGGGAGUGAAAAUCGGAAGAAAACAGAGGCAAACAGAUGAAAAUCCCUGUCCCGGUCUCGGGGGUUUAGUAACGAACGGAAUGAAGGUAUGGAGAGCGAGAAGAAAACACACAAACAUAUAGGGUGGGAGGGUGAUGCUCGAUGCGUUCCGAUUGGUGCAAAUGAAGAUUAAUAAAAGAAAAGUUAAACAGUACUCGUUAAA